CUAUUGUGUUAUCUCGUUAUCUCACAAGAAUUGUUCAUCAGAUAUAGAAAAUUUAGAAUCGUUUCCAUUUUCCAUUUUCAUCGCGUUCUUGUACUUCACUGUCACGUUCAGCGCUGUGAGAUCGCAGAAUCGCGCAAGGUGUUCGCUUUGUGAAAAUUUUGGAGUAAUUCCGCCGACGUGAUGGGUGCCGAUUCCGAGAAGGGAAAAUACAGGACGCCGGAGGGCUCGAGGACCUGGGAGUACCUGGUCUUCUUUAAUUGUUCAAUUAUGAGCAUGUGCAUCGGAGCGAUCGUAGGAUGGGACUCGCCAACUAUCGUGAAGCUAAUGGCGCCGGACUCGCCGAUUCCGGUUACCGUUUCGAAUAUUUCCACUCUCCUAGUCAUGUACGCUAUCGGUCACAUACUGGGACCAGGAAUCAACAACUUCAUGGUCGAUAGAAUAGGCCGAAAGAAGACCAUCUUGUUCAGCGGGAUAUCAUCGAUAACCUGUUGGGGCUUAAUCACGAUCGCCACGAAUAUCUGGGUUCUUUACGUGGCCAAGCUUAUGGGUGGUUUGUGCUUAGGCCAAUUUAUGUGCGUGUUCACGAUGUACGUUGGAGAAAUCGCGUCGCCGAGUACGCGAGGCGUUGGAGGCGCCAUGAGCACGAUUAUGUUCAAUUUCGGCAUUCUCGCGAUGUUCAUCAUCGCAUCAUAUCUAUCGAUAUCGAUAGCGGCGACCAUCUGGUUGGUCGUGUCCGUCGGCUUCACGAUCGCCUUCUGCUUCAUGCCGGAAUCGCCGUAUUACUUGGUUAUAACGGGGAAAACGGACGAGGCGGAGACGACGCUGGAGAAGUUGCGUGGUAAGACGAACGUCUCGGAGGAAUUACAGAUGAUCGUCGAGUCGAUGUCCGACGAGAAGCAGAAGCAAAAAACUGGGGGUGUAAAACGGCUGUUGACCGAGCGCGCCAGUCGUCGCGCCUCCAUCAUUAUCAAUCUCAUCACCCUCACCCAUUACGCGGGCGGCUUCUUCAUGUUGAUCGCGUACGGCCAGCUCCUUUUCAAGUCGGCUGAGCUUCAGAUGAUCUCCGAUCACAUGGCCAACAUCAUGAUCGGCAUGGUGCAGGUGAUCUCCGCGACGAUCACCAUCUUCCUGGUCGACAAACUGGGUCGCAAGCCGCUGAUAUUCUUCUCCGGGUCGACCGCCGCCGUGUCGAAUCUCGUCAUCGGCGUCUUCUUCUACGCCAAGGAUUACCUAGACGUGGACGUGUCCGCGUACUCGAUGGUGCUGUUGGUCGCGGCGAUGCUGCUGGUGUUCGCCUUCAACUGCGGCCUACUUCCCAUACAGAUGAUCAUGAUGUCCGAGAUGUUUGGCACCGAAGUCAAGGCUCUCAGCACGUGUCUCGUGGCCACCUCUGGCGGCUGCUUCGGCAUAAUAAUGUUUAAGGUUUACAUCCUGAUAGCCGUGAAAUGGAACUGCGGCCACUCGGUGCCUUACCUAGCGUUCUUCGUAAUCGUGACGGUAUGCACGGUGCUGGUUCUUCGUCUCUCGCCCGAGACGAAAGGCAAGACCUUUGUUCAGAUACAAAAGGAGCUGAACGAUUGAAGUGGCCGAAGGAUGAAGAAUCGGUUCGCUCCAGUGCCACAAGAGGCUCCUCUAUUGGAUACCGAGAGAGCAUAUUACUUCUCGUAAAUUGUUCGUCCCAAAGAAAGAUAAUUUGACAUUAUAAGAGAUCUCACCGAAAAUCUCUAUCGGACCUUUCGACAUCGCUCUCAGCGGGGACCGACAGGAAGGAGGAAAUUGAAAAUCGCGAAAUUCCCACGAGGAAAGUCGAGGGAAAUGAUCUUUCAAGAUGCACGAGCGAGUGAAUUUUUGAACAACUGCUGGUUGAAAUUCGUCGCAACGUUGAUGAGAGCACACUCGUUGAUAAGAAUGAUAGUUUUGCGCGGUAUCCCGAGACUUGUCGGAAAUUAGAUUAAGUCAUAUUGACUCAAUUGAUUCGAUUGUUCGAAUCAUUUGUAUACGGUAUUUAGUACGGAAAAAUAAUAAUAGAAAAUCAUCGGUUCAAAUGACAUUAGAUAAUAGUCUGAGAAAGAUACGACGACGAUCACGAUAGUGAUUCGCUCAUAUCGCGCGUUGUUCUAAACUAAUCCAUAAAGUCGUAUGUUUCAAAUCAUUGAUUUUAUGUCUCUUGUGUCAUACUUUAUUCAUAUUUUUGAUAAUAUUUUUGAUAAAUCAUUUGAUCGAGUAGUAGGGCGUGUCGAAAGUCGAUUCGUAAAAGAAGUAUAUCUAAACGUGUCAAAAAUUAAAAGUACAAUCAUACAAUAUUAGAGAAGAUUAGAUUAGCGAUAAUAUAGAAUACUUAUGAAUUUAUCUAUAUAUGUGAUCAUAUAAAGUGACUAAAUUAUUGAAUGAAUGAUAGAAGCACAAUCUAAAUAUAUCUAUUAAAUAUAAAUUAGUCUAAUAGACACAUGAUAAAUCUGAUUAUCUUAUUUUUUACAUUAAUAUUUUUUUAUUAAAUGAAAAAUUCAUCGCGCGGUUAAAUAAUACUUUUUAAUAAUCAAUAAUCGAACGGUGUCUAUGGCGAUUAAUAAAGAUAGACUUUUC